AUUGUGGGCGGCUAACGUUCUGACGAGAUGUGAACCGUUUGAUCUGGUUCAUCCAAUCAGAUGGGGUUGCGAGCUUGUCUCGUAAGAAAUGAUUUAGGCGUGGCCUGUGGUGGCUGUCUUCUUCGCUUCUCUGUUCUUCUUUACCCUUCUUAAAUAAUUGACCCGAAUAAUUCAUUCUGGCCCUGUUCCUGCCUUCUGGGUGUGUGUGUAUGUGUGAUCUUCUCUCUGGAAUCUGUGCCCACUUUCCUGCGCUGAAUCUCUGGAGGAAUCUAUGUGGAAAGCGGGCGCCUGUGUGCAUAGAAUUAAUUGUUGAUUGUUGUGUAAUUACUAAUUAAUAUAGAUAUUUGAGAUUGUAGUGGAAGACCCUUUUGUUUGAUUUUUCGGAGGAGGAGGGUGGAGGAUAGCAGGCGUUGAAAUUUCUUGUACCCAGUUGGAGUUCUCCACUGCCCGCCUCGUUCGAUUCGUGGGGAACACCGUAAAUCAUCGUUUCCGUGUUCAAAAAGCCUGCGUUUCCGAUGGGCGUUGUGGUGAAGUCAGAGAAGGGUGGUGGACUCUGUUCGUGGGGAUUCGGGAGUUUGAUUAGGAGGAAGCAGGUUGAUUCGGUUCAUGUAAAGUCGGAGGGUCAUCAAUUGGCCAAGGAACUGUCCGUGCUUCACCUUAUUGCAAUUGGAGUUGGCUCAACUAUUGGCGCUGGAGUUUAUAUUCUUGUAGGAACAGUUGCUAGAGAGCAUUCUGGACCAGCCCUUGCCUUUUCGUUCUUAGUAGCUGGAUUAGCAGCUGCACUUUCGGCGUUUUGCUAUGCAGAACUUGCAAGUCGUUGUCCAUCUGCUGGAAGCGCCUAUCAUUAUUCCUAUAUAUGUGUUGGAGAGGGUGUUGCAUGGUUGAUUGGUUGGGCUCUGAUAUUGGAAUACACAAUUGGUGGUUCUGCAGUUGCUCGAGGCAUAUCACCAAAUCUGGCCUUGCUUUUUGGAGGCAGUGAUAGUUUACCUGCUUUCUUGUCUCGUCAAUAUGUUCCUUGGCUUGAUGUUGUGGUCGACCCAUGUGCAGCAAUCCUAGUUUUUAUUGUCAUGGGGCUCUUGUGUGUGGGAAUCAAGGAGAGUACAUUCGCACAAGCCAUUGUCACAACUGUGAAUGUCUGUGCCAUGAUUUUUGUCAUAACAGCUGGUGGUUAUCUGGGCUUCAAGACUGGAUGGGCUGGAUAUGAACUCCCAACAGGGUAUUUUCCCUUUGGAGUAGAUGGAAUGCUUGCUGGGGCUGCCACUGUUUUCUUUGCUUUCAUUGGUUUUGAUUCAGUUGCAAGCACUGCCGAGGAGGUGAGGAAUCCUCAACGAGAUCUACCACUGGGUAUUGGGGCCGCACUGUCUAUAUGUUGCACAUUAUAUAUGCUGGUCUCGGUUGUCAUUGUUGGAUUAGUGCCCUAUUAUGCAUUGGAUACUGACACCCCCAUCUCCUCUGCAUUUGCCAGCCAUGGGAUGCGAUGGGCAGCGUACAUAAUAACUGCUGGUGCUGUUACCGCGCUCUGCUCAACGCUGAUGGGUUCGCUUCUCCCUCAGCCACGAAUCCUGAUGGCAAUGGCUAGAGAUGGAUUACUGCCAUCUUUUUUUUCAGAUAUUAAUAGACGCACCCAAGUUCCUCUCAAGAGCACAAUAGUGACUGGUAUCGGUGCUGCAAGCUUGGCAUUCUUCAUGGAUGUUUCACAGUUGGCAGGGAUGGUCAGUGUGGGUACACUUCUUGCAUUCACAAUGGUGGCUAUUUCUGUAUUGAUACUGAGAUACAUCCCCCCAGAUGAGGUUCCACUUCCAUCAUCACUUCAGGAGUCAAUUGAUUCAGUCUCAUUGCAAUACAGUGGUAGCAGCCCGGAGAUUGAGGGAGAAAAUGAUAAAGAUCAGAUUGGCACAUCUAAUGAGGGUACUCAACCGUUAGUUGGUAAAGAAGAGACAUCUGCUAAAUAUCCUCUUCUCUCAAAGCACAUUGCUCAAGGCAAUUUCACACUAAAUGAGAAAAGCAGGCGAAAAGUUGCUGGAUGGACCAUAAUGCUUACAUGUAUGGGAGUGCUUAUCCUUACAUCUGCUGCUUCUGCUUUGGGCCUUCCCAGCUAUCUUCGGUUCACAUUGUGUGGAGUUGGUGGUGCUAUUCUUUUAUCUGGUCUUGUGGUCCUCACUUGUAUAGAUCAAGAUGAUGCGAGGCACAGCUUUGGGCACACAGGAGGUUUCAUUUGCCCAUUUGUUCCACUCCUACCUAUUGCUUGCAUUCUCGUCAAUGUUUACCUGCUGAUAAAUCUUGGAAUUUCCACCUGGAUACGUGUUUCCAUAUGGUUGGUUAUUGGAGUGCUUGUUUACGCAUUAUAUGGACGGAGGCGCAGCUCACUUUUGGAUGCUGUCUAUGUGCCAGCUGCUCACGUUGAUGAAAUUUAUCGCAGCUCCUUGAACUGUCCUGCUUAGCAUUUGUUAAGAGGUGAUACUUUUGCUGCCCUGCUUUGGAUUGCCCUAUAUCAUGGAAGGAAAAAAAAAUUCUUUCAUUCAUCUGUCCAAAAUCUUCCCCUCCCCUGUAAUCUUCUUUGACCCGUCUCUCCACAGCAUGUUGUAAUCUCAUUAGAUACUGGGGAUGAGAUCAACCUGUCUGUUGUUACUAGUAUUGCAUAUAAAAUUGGUGGUUGAGUUGGAAUUUCCUCAAUGUAAAUAGUUAGCAAAUUGAUGAAGAUGGCUUUCCUUGAACGAUCUAGUGUGAUCAAGUCUUUGUGUGUAAGUAACCGUUGGAGGACUGGACUUGAAAUUUCAUCACUGUAAAUAAUUUUCAAAUUAAAGAUGUCUUUCCUUGUUUGAAACA